AUGGUGCAACUGAAACUUCCAUUCGCAAUGCUUGCAUUACUGCUUUUGAUUCUGCCCGAAUCAUGCAGCAUUUUUGAUCCAGCUUUACGAAGGGAUGUUUCCGAUAUUCCAUCCGUCAUGGAUCAGCGGACGUUCCUGAAAACGCGGCGAUUGAAACGAGCAUGUUUGGGCGGUGUUGUUGCUGCUGCUGUUGUUGUAUGGGAAGAAAACGGCGUUCCGUUGAAUUUGUGCGCAGUCACCGUUCGCAGCUGCAACAUUUCCUGCACUUAUCUUCCACGUGAUUAG